AGAACAAACCACUUUCCUUCGUGUGUGUGUGAGUGUGUGUGCGUGUAUGUGUGUGUGAGAGAGAGAGUCACGCCCUUUUACAAGCAGAUGACCGUAUAGAUUACACACAGCUCUAUCAGCUGGAAGCAGCACCGACAGCACCGCAGCGCUCCCCCGCACACUGCGCCCUUCGCCCGGACAGCAGCGCAGGCUCGGCCCGCCUGAUCCUCCGCCAUGGCCCCGGGCCGCUGGAUCUGCCUCUGCCUGCUCAUCCCGUUUCUCCUCCAACCCGUCGAGUCAUGCACGCCACAUUCCAUCCGAGCCCGGGUUCCCGUCAGGCUCGACCCCGGCGACGUCGUCUCACAAGUGCCCCUGGGUCGCUGCAGAGCAGAGGGACUCGUGCUGAGCUCCGGUGACCCUCACUUUACCGUGAGGAUGAACGGCACCAUCGUCACGGUUAACGGCAUGGUGGUGACGGAGCCGACGUCGUUCCCGGUGUGGGUGAGCGAAGGAGGGCGCUCGUCCUGGAGGAUGGACGUUCAUCUCACCCCAGACCCUGAGCAGGUGCACACUUAUCUGCCUGCUGAAAAGUUCCCGUGGGAUUUGGCCCGUAAGCGAUCUAAGAGGAGAUGGAGCCCUCCUCCGUUUGUCAUCGUCGAGCACGAUUUACCUCCUUUCCCCAAAGAAGUCGAGACGGUGGGCUCGGACUCGGCGGUCAACUACUCCGUGUACUACACCAUCCGAGGCCCCGGCGUGACGCUGCCUCCCAUAAACCUGUUCUCAGUGGAGCGCGACACCGGCUUGGUGAAGGUUCACUACGCCGUCGACCGGGAGCAGUACGACCAGAUUGUGUUUGAGGCCCAGGUGUUUGACAGGAAGACGGGGAAGGAGACGGAUCGACCUCUCGACAUCACGGUGCUGGUUGACGACAUCAACGACAACGCCCCGACCUUCUCUGGGCCGCUGCAGUUUCACGUGGCCGAGCACAGCGUCAGCGGCACGGAGGUGGGCGUCGUGACGGCCACGGACAGAGACAAGGCAGGCACUCUGCACACCAAGAUCAGGUUCAGCCUGCUGACGGGAGGCCAGCUCUUCCACAUCAACCCGUACUCCGGAGCGCUCAGCACCAGGUCGGGCGUUCUGGACCGAGAGGUCCAAGCUGCGAUCCCGGUCGUGGUGGAGAUCCGGGACAUGGGCGGAGCCAAGACGGGCCUUUUCAACACCGCCACGGCGACCAUAAACCUGGUGGACAUCAACGACAACGUCCCCACCUUCAGAGAGGCCGCGUACAAGGCCAGAAUAGAGGAGAACAAAGCAGACGUACUCGUCCUGAGGAUUCCUGUGGACGACAAGGAUGAAGAACGCACCAAAAACUGGAAUGCCAAGUUCGUGAUCACCGAGGGAAAUGAAAACGGCAACUUCAGGAUCGACACAGACCCUAAAACCAAUGAGGGGCUGCUUUACGUGGUGAAGCCUCUGGACUUUGAGAAGGGCGGGGUGGUGACGCUGAGGGUGUCCGCCGAGAACGAAGUCCCCCUGGUGGGCUCGGGCGCCUCCUGGCUCUCCGUCCCGGUGGAGCUUACGGUGGGCGACGUGGACGAGGGUCCCGAGUUCAGCCCCCCCAACAAGGUGAUCAGGGUGAAGGAGAACGUCCCCAUCGGGCAUGUGCUGGGCGUUUACACCGCACUGGACCCGGAGACCAAGAGCAGCAAGGGCAUCAAGUAUUACAAGGUGUCUGACCCUGGCUCCUGGGUGAGUGUGGCCGAGGCUACAGGAGAGCUGACGGCGGCCAGCACCAUCGACCUGGAGUCUCCUCUGGUCACCGACGCCAAGUACAACCUCACCGUCAAGGCCAUCGACUCCAGUUUGAAAUGGGGCGUCGGCACGGUGACGCUGCUGAUCGAGGACGUGAACGACAACGUGCCGGUGGUGGUCCCGGGCGGAGAGCUGGUCCUGUGCGAGGAGGAGGAGGGGAGGAUGGGGUCUGUGACCGUGCACGCCGAGGACGCCGACCUGCCGCCGUACUCCGCCCCCUUCCACUUCCAGCUGCCCGACGGGACCAAGAAGUGGACGCUGCGAGACGCCAAGAAUACGUCGGUGGUGCUGCAGCAGGCGGUGGACAUGGCCCGGGGCGUCUACGACGUGCCCAUCCUCAUCUCGGACCUGCAGAACCACGGCGACGUCCAGGUGGUGAGGGUGCGAGUGUGUCGCUGCCUCGGGGGCGAGUGUGUGUCGGCACGCAGCUCCGUCAGCUUCGGGGUGUGGGGCGUCCUGGCCAUGCUGCUGGCCCUCGCCGUGCUGCUGCUGCUCUGUGUGCUGUUUGUGUUUGCCUGCACCACCAAGGCGGAGAAGCUCUACCUGGAUGAGUCGAGCGGUGGGAUGCUGCUGAAGUCCAACACGGAGGCGCCGGGGGAGGAAGUGAAAUCGGCCACUCUGCUCAUGGUGCCCGGCGGCGGCGGCGGCGGCGACGUGGACGGUUUGGACGGCUCCGUGAAAGGGGCGGGGCUUCUGGAGCAGAAAGCCAGCACGGCGGUGGGCGGGGCCGGGGCCGGUCUGCAGACGAUGACUCGGCAGAACAUGUACCAGUCCAACCGCCGGGACUUCACCAUGACUCAGGGCCAGAGCGGCUUCUACACCACCGGGCAUUAUGGGAACGCCAAGUACACUGACUCGCUGUAUUACAAGCAGAGCCACCUGUCUGCCAUGCACACCUGGGAGACCAACGGGCUCUACCUGGACAAGAAACUGGAGUAUUUCGGCGGCGCGGCGGACGAGCGCUACGCCGACGACGUCCUGCGCGUGUACGGCUACGAGGGCGAGGGCUCGGCGGCCGGCUCGGUGGGCUGCUGCAGCGAGCUGGGCGACCAAGACAACCUGGACUUCCUGGACUCCCUGGGGUCAAAGUUCAAAACACUGGCACACAUCUGCAUGGACGCGAAGGAGGAGAAGUGACGGACGAGGGCAGGGAGGAGCGAACGCCCCGAUGUUUGUGCCUCCUCCCGGGUUUCGGAUCAGUUUGAGCCGCACUGGAAACAGGGCAGGAUGUCUUUCAAGGUGGUACCUACUGUAACUUCACUUCCUCCUGUAAAAAAGUGAGGAAACGCUCCUUUUCUUUCUCUCCCGACUCGCUGAUGGAUGUGAAAUUCCCUGCUAAAUGUGUGUCAGGAGCUCUAACGCUGCAGAGCUGCAGGCAUCGUGGAGAGGAACAUCGACCACCAGCUGCCUUCUCACUGCCUUUACGCUUCAGAAAAACAAAAAUCUGACUUUUAACCAAAGGUGUGGUCAUGUUUGCAGUUUUUCUUGACUUUUUUGUGCUUUAUUUAGAAUCACACUGGCCAAUUACAAGCAACCCGGGGCUUGUAAACUAAAGUCACAUGACUCACAAGUUGCUCAUUUAUCCAACAGCCUGUCGUCUUUUGGUGGAGUUGCUGAGGAGGUUUUAGGGCCAAAAUAAAUUCACUUUCACUCCCAUGAAGAAGCUGCUCAGUCCAGGCUGUGGCCAGGCUGUGCUUCACUUUAUCGAGUUUAAAAUAAAUUUUAAAAGUCGCUCUGUGAGCUCGUUCUGCAGUGGAGGGUUAUCUUCUGUCAUAUCAAGUGUUAUGCUCCUCCUGUCCAGCAGGGGGCGGUGCUCACUGUGUGAUCAUGGGCUGCAGAGAGGUGGUGCUCUGUGUGUGUGCAGUGUCUGUCCAAACGGUAAUCACAACGCUGAUUAAUAUUUUGCUCACAGAUUAAAAUUUAGCAGAGAAACUAGAAGAAGCAGAGAAGAGAGGAGAGUGUUCAGCUGCAUUAUCAGGAGUGGAAAAGAUCAUUAUUUUGUAAUUUGUUGUCCUGUUUGUGACACAGGGCUGCUCUUUUCAUGGCCGUGCAAAUUAGUAAAAAAAAAAAACAACAAAAAAAAUCAGUCUCCAUGCACCCGUUCAGAGAGC